GUGCACUUAACAAUUAUGGCUUUCCACAAAGUGACGCGUGUGUUCGCUGUGCUGAUUCUCCUGAUACAAGAGUCAGUGUCACAGCUAUCUGUCUGCGGUCAGCCAGCGCUCAACACCAGGAUAGUUGGAGGACAGGAGGCCCCUGAAGGCAGCUGGCCCUGGCAGGCUGAUCUGCACAAUGCGUUCGGUCACUUCUGUGGAGGAUCCCUCAUUAACAAUCAAUGGGUGCUGAGCGCUGCUCACUGCUUCUCAAGUACUUCUACAAGCAACCUGGUUGUAUAUCUGGGUCGUCAGAGUCAAGAGGGAUCCAACCCCAACGAGGUGUCUCAGACGGUAACACAGAUUAUCAAUCAUCCCAGCUACAACAGCAUCACUAAUGACAACGACAUCACCCUACUGCAACUCUCCUCACCGGUGACUUUCACCAACUACAUUUCACCUGUCUGCCUGGCAGCCACAGACAGCACCUUCUUCGCCGGAGUUAACAGCUGGGUCACUGGGUGGGGCGAUAUUGGAAGUGGAGUUCCCCUUCCUUCCCCACAAAACCUCAUGGAGGUGGAUGUGCCAAUUGUGGGAAACAGACAGUGUAACUGCGACUAUGGAGUGGGCUCCAUCACUGACAACAUGCUGUGUGCUGGGUUACGUGAAGGAGGGAAGGACUCCUGCCAGGGAGAUUCUGGAGGUCCACUUGUGAUCAAGCAGAACAAUCGCUGGAUUCAGGCAGGAAUUGUGAGUUUUGGAAAAGGUUGUGCACUGCCUAAGUUCCCAGGAGUCUACACCAGAGUGUCCCAGUACAACUCAUGGAUUAACAGUCAAAUCAGCAGCAACCAGCCGGGCUUCAUCACCUUCACAUCCAAUGGGACAAACAGUGACCUGAGUUUCACCUGUCCAGGCCUGCCAGCCAUUAUAACCAACACUACCACCAAUACCACUACCACCAGCCUUCCUCCAACCACCACACUGAGACCGGUGGUCUGCGGAGAAGCCCCGUUGAAAUCUCGUAUUGUUGGUGGAAGCUCAGUGGCAACAGCUGGCAUGUGGCCAUGGAUGGCUAGUUUACAGAAGAAUGGGAGACAUGUGUGUGGUGGGACUCUGGUGGCUGUGGACUCUGUGCUAAGCAACGCUGACUGUUUCUCAAGUUCCCCUGUACCGUCUGAGUGGACUGUUGUGUUGGGCCGUUUGAAGCAGAAUGGCUCCAACCCCUUUGAGGUGACACUGAAUGUGACAAAUAUCACUCUGAGCAACCUGACUGGGUCCAAUGUUGCCGUUCUUCAUCUGUCAACCAAACCCACCCUGUCCAACUACAUCCAACCCAUCUGCCUUGACAACGGACAGACCUUUGCCGAGGACGUGACAUGCUGGGCUGCUGGAUGGAGCUCCAGACGAGGAGGGGAAGAACAAGUCCUGCAGGAGUUCCAGACCUCAGUGGUUGACUGUGGCAAUGCUUCAACAAGUGCCAGUGACAUUUGUGUGGGAGCUUUCACCCUGGAGCAGGGUGACUCUGGGGGUCCAUUGAUGUGUAAGCAAGACGGUUCUUGGUUCCAGGCGGUCGUCUUAACGGUUGAAAACAACUCCACCAGUCAAACACGAGCAGACCCACCGAUGGUCUUCACACGACUGAGCCGCUUUGAGUCCUUCCUGACUCAGACUCUGGGGACGUUCUUGUCUCCAAACUCAGGCAGCGACAACACAAAUGUCAACAACACCAUCAACAUCACCACCCCGGCCUCCACCAACUCCACUACCAGUGGGGGCACAACCAAUCAAUCCAUUUUCAUCUUGUUCUUCCAUGUCCUCUUCCUCUUGUCUUGUCUCCAACUCUUCUCAUAGAAAUGUCUUUCAAUGAUUUACACAAUGUGAUGAGCACAAAUGAAUAUGAGCAAACCUUAAAUUGAAGAAGCAUUGUUACUUAAAAUUUAUAUCUACCAUUAGUUGACUUGAUUGUCCCUCUAUCCGUUGACCACUAGCAGCAGAGUUGUGAAACGUAAGAGACAAAGGGUAGCUGUGUGGUUCUUGUACAGUUGACUCAACAAAUAUCUGUUAAAGCUCAGUCUGUGUGAGGAAGACUGAUUCUUUACUGUUUUUAACCGUGAAGGACAGUAGGACAGUAGGCCUAACCAUGAGCCCCUUUUAUUACUGCUCUGCUGCAAUGUGCCAACAAGGAAUUAAUUUGAAGGGUGUGGAAAUGAAGAUGAACUCAAACAUUUAGUUAUUAUGAAGAUUUAAAAUCACUACAGAGACAAAAUGUGUCAAAUUUUGCAAUGUUAAAUAUUCUGUACUUACUGUAAACACAAUGUUAUGUUGUCAUACUAGAAUAUUGCUUAUUGCUAAGUGGAUUGGAUUAUUUUUAGCUUUAUUGGAUUGUACAAGAUUUCAUGGGGGUAUCAUGUAGGGUUGCUUUUCAUUUUUGUUGUUAUUCUUAUUAAAAGUAAUGUGAAGGACAAACUGAAGUAGCAAAAACUUUGCUUAUCCAUAAAUUCAUAAAAUUCUUAGUGUAUGUCAAUGGUUCCAAUAGCAAGCUAAACACUGGCAAAGAUACAAAUGAAUGAAAUGGUUAGCUACAC